UUGACAUUGAACUUUGUACGGAUAAGGUACAGGUUUGGACACUACGCUACAAAACAUCUGUCCAUUCCACCAUAUUCAUAGUCAAGUCAAUAUUUAUUUAUAUUUGUAAUGUAUGGUGCCUUGCAAAGAAUUUCUCUACUCACUAAUUUGAAUUCAAAAUGUGUACAGAUCUCACUGCCUCCUGCAUGUGUUGCAUUCAAUGGGGCACAACCUUGUGUAUAUCAGUCGACUGAAACUUCGUCGUCAUCAACAUCAUCGUCAUCAUCACCAACAUCUUCAGACAAUAAAAGAUUUUUACCUGGUCCUAAAAAGCCUAGUACAUGGUGGCCACAUCAACCAUUAGCACCUGGACGUCGUGUAGUGAAAUUUUAUCCAAUACGUUUUCGGCAUAAACCACGCAUAGCACUUGUUAGAGAAGGAUGUACCAAUCGACCUUUCUAUACUAUACAAAUUAAAUCAAAUCUUGCUGAAUCCAAAAAGCUUGGCAUUGAACAAGUUGGUUCAUGGGAUCCAUUUCCUAAUAUCCAUGGGGAACAGUUGAUUGCAUUGAAUUUUGAACGUAUCGCUUAUUGGAUAGGUAUGGGUGCUGAACCAACUGAACGUGUUGCAGAACUAUUAGGCCUUUGUGGAUUUCUACCAGUUCAUCCAAGAUCUUACCUGAUGGCGUAUAGAUCGCGUAUCGCAAUGAUGAAAUAUUUAGAAAGACAAAAGCAAAAAAUGGAACAAGAAGAAAAAGAAGGAGAAGGAGACAAAGAAACUACUGAAAUCGAAGAAAAUAGUAGUAGUACUAGUAGUGUAGAUGGUGAAUCUAAAGAACCAGAUAUUGAUUCACGUGUAGAUUCAAUAUGGAGUAAAUCGAAAUCACCGUCAUGGUGGUAUUAUGGUCUACCAUAAAUUCUAUUUUUUCUAAUGUAAAUUCUUUAUAGGGCAAUAUCUUGAAUAAA